UUUUACUUCUUCUCUUUCCCAUCCUUAAUGGCUGCCAUCAACACAACCUCCACUGCCAACGCAGUUGAUGCCAAUAUGGAAGACUCAUCCCACAUCUCCACGCCCGAGGAAUCAAUCCUGUCUUUCCUUACCACAGACUUUCUUGAAUCCCAAACAACCCAUCCUUCUGAUUUCGAUCAACAGUUCUUUGACACGCUCCCAACUGACAAUGACAACACUCUAAAGUACCAAGAUCUCCUACACCCUCCCUCUCCACCGACCUCUGUUGGCACCUUCUCCGAAUCCUCCGGCUCUCCUCAGCACUCCAACAUGGACUCGUGCGACGAAGGCUCAACUUCAGACGUACCAAUGGACAGCACCUCACUCGAGUACUGGCAAUACAUUUAUUCUGACCUCACCCCCAACUCGACCUUCCCCCUCCUGACAGACACUUCUCAACAGCAACAGCAACAGCAGCCCGGUGCUUGGCCAAUCCUAUCCAACGUUGAUGGAUCUUUAUUACAGCCAUCGGUCCUUGCAUUCCCAACGGACGCUCUUCUCAACUCAAACAGUCCUCUUCAUCCUAAUAGCCCAGCCAUUAUCAACCCCACUAUCGAUACUUCGAACCCUGUUAAUAACCGUACCAACACCAACACUCCACCUUCCCCUGCCUCCUCCGUCAAGACAGAGAAGAGAACAAAAAGAGCCAAGAAGCACUCUGCUCCCCCUCAGCCCGUACUAGCGCCCCUUGCCCCUCUAAAGCCUCUCAUGCCCUUAGGCUCCCUAGCCCAGAUAGCCCCCAAUCCCGCACCACUCUCUCCACCCAACGAAGUCUUUAUUAAAAAGUCGCCCUCACUCUCUCCCCGUAUCAUCGCUGCCCCUCCCCCACCACCUGCAUCCAACAACACCAAUGCUCUCCGCAGACCAUCCAUCAUCCCCGCACCAGCCCAAAACGGCACCCGAUCCAAUCCUGUGCUCGUAAAGUCGACUCUCAUCCCUGAGGAGAAACCACAAUCGGAGGCGGCUUUGACUGCACAGGCCAAGCGACAGGAGCGUCUUAUUAAAAACCGCGCCGCCGCUCUACUCUCCCGCAAACGCAAGCGCGAGCAUAUCAACUUACUUGAGACCCAUACCGAUCUUCUCAAGACCACGAACCAGGAAUUGACCGAACGCGUCUCCGAGCUUGAAGAGAACGUCAGAGUGUUGACGACCGAGCGCGAUACCGCCCGUGAGGAGCGUGACUCUGCGAGGAAAGAAUGUGAAUCACUCCAGCGCCAAAUUAAAGUCCUUACUCAUCAUCAACCACAGACUGACGCCUUUCAUAUGGACAUGGAUCUGGAACGUAACAUCCGCACCUCCGUCGAUACAGAUCGUGGACUCAACUCAAAGGCCACUGGUGUUGUCUUCAUGAUCAUUCUCUUUUCAUUCGCAUUAUUCAAUUUGCCAGGCGGUAAACUUGAAACGCUCAUGGUCGGCGGAUCUUUAGACCGCGCAAGAAUCGGCUCAAGUAUUGUUGGAAGAGCUCUUGGUUCAUACAACAAGAACCCUACAAUCUCUGGACAGGUCCGUGCUCCCCCCGCCAGCACACAAGAGCUCCAAAACAUGACUGACUUGGUCGUAUUUUCCGAUAAUCGCGCUUUGCAGACUUGGCUUGGACAUCAACCCGUCACCGUCCCCUCUGACGUUGCGACUGGAGCAUCCGAUUCAUCUUUGCCCAUCACAUCAAGCCCAGUGAUCAAUAAGGAGGCCAUCAAUGAGCCUGUCCCAGUUGUUGAUUUAGAUACAAAAAGUGUUGGUUUCUUGGCACAAAACCAUGACCAAUUACCUUGGACCCCGCCCCAUAUCCAUCAGGAAAUGAACGAGCCUGAUCGUGAUGCCUGGUUGUACUGUUCCAAUCUACUGUACUCGCUCCGUUCCUCAAGUGUGUCCAAGACCGGUGGUCCAGCCCAGGCUACGAAUGGUGAGAUCCGUCGUCCUCGCAUGUCGAUCAUCUCGCCUCUUGAUGGAGUCAUUGGAUCUACUACCGACGCUAAAAAGGAUCAAUUGCCACCGUGGAUGCCCAACUCAAACACUGCAGAGAACGGAUCCGAACAGAGAUAUCUUCGUCUGGAUGUCGAAGUCACGUCGUCCCGUGUGGUCAGUGGCAAGGGCUUGGAAGAUCAUGAGCAGGUGAUCCGCUUCCCCAUCAUUCCCUUCAGUGUCUUUGAUAACUCUACCACUAGUCUGGCAUCCUCCAAAGUGGCUGCACCGACCCCUACCAACACCAUAGCCGAUUCGCCCCAGAACAAGAUCACCCGUCGUAUUCGAUCUAGCCGCGUUGAUGCGCAAGGCAAGAUCAGACGUACAUAUAAUUCCAGGGUCCUCAAACGUUCGAGCGCAGCGGCUGCAGCUGCUCAGGCAGCUUCAGAAGCGUUGCUUAGUCAGCAGUCCAUGCCUUUGAGCUCUAUUAAGGAAGAGCCUAUAGAGGUAUAUAUCAAGGCAGAGCCCAUGGACUGAGAGGGUUUAAUUCCUUCGUAUGGCCCCAGUUUUGUCCAGAAGACAAACUUUCUUAUUGUUGACCUAAUCUG